AUGUUUAUGAUUGCAAUUUUUUUGAUAAGGAAAGAUUUAAAUAAAAAAAAGAAAACCGAAUCUAUGUUGCAUCCUAGAGUGGAAAAAAUGAAAAUUGGGGAGAAAAGCGGAGAAUAUGAGUGUGAGAAGAAAAGGGGAGUAAUACGCACAGAAGUAUCAACUGGUGCCCAUGAAAACAACCCAAAAUACCUGUACAAGCAGAACGAUUUGAGUGGUAAGGAUAGGAAUGGCAGCAUUGAUUAUGUACACGCCUUAUCGGUAGAUACUGAAAAGAGUUGCGAGAACAGCCGCCUGCGCGCGGCUACGGACGGUACCGACUUGCAGCACAGAAAUAUGCGCUUGCACAUCGCUUUGAACGGCAAAAAGAAUGGAAACUGUGAGAAUAGACGUGAAUAUGCCUUUUUAGGCAAUAAUGGAAACUACCAGGCGAGUAAUCGCGUAAGUGUUGCGAUGUACAAGAGCGAGAGAAACGGUGUGCCUGGUAGGGAACCGCCCAGACAUUCAAGAUAUGAAAAAAUGCCGGUAAAUCGUUUUCUGAAGCCGUAUCUGGGCAAGCUGGAAUUCAUCGCUCCGCAUAGAAAGAGCUUUACAUUCACAAACGUAAAAUUCUAUGAUAAAGAAAAGAAAAUGCACAUUGAUAAAUAUGGAAGGAAUGAACCGUGUAUAAAACAUGGCAGCGGUCCUCCUUUGCCAAACGAAAGAUUCGGCAAAGUAAAUGCCACAAUAAAUUCGUACGAUCGAACACAUCACGCAAACCGCAGCUUUAUUAUUCAGGAAGCGGCACAAGCGCUGUUAAUUUUGAAGUACAACCACGAAAAAUAACAAUCACCUGUGAUCAGCAGACAAAAAAUAAAAAAUUGUUCAGCUAUGUCAAG